AUGCGACCAGUCGUUCAGGAGGGAGAAGAAGAAGAUCUCGUUUUCGUGCAUAUUUCUCGUCCGGAUGACUUGAAGGCCAAGGGCACACGACGUACGAUCCGGCGACAUGCAAUGCGAGAAAUUGGGAAGUCUAGACGAUCGCGCAAGCGACCGCAGACAUGGGAGUUAUCUUUGAAAGAUGGGAUUCUGGAUGAUGAUAGGAGUUCAACCAGCUCAUCGCACGACGAGUUGGCUCCAUAUUCUUCACGAAAGCCGAUCGUGUUCGACCCGUAUAAUGCCUCCUACUACCCGAUCCCACUGGACGAUCGAAUCAAACAGCUCAUCCAUUUCAUGAGUGCCGAUUCAGACUAUGUUUUCCGACCGUUUCGAGCGAUCUGGUUCUCGAUGGCCAUGACGGACGCUAGCGCCUUCCUCGUAUCUUUGGCAAACGCUGCGAUGUUUCUGGAUCAGAUUCACCAAAGAAAGGCAUAUCAGUACGAGAAAAGCGUCGAGUGCUUGACGUUCUACGGCAAAUGCGUCAAGGAGGUAACACGCCGAUUGGAAAAUUCGAACGAUCGCGUAAGCGCCGGUGUCAUAACAACCAUUCUGGGGCUCAUUUGUCAUGAGCUUUAUGUUGGGACAUUGGCUCGCUCGCGGGCUCACUUGGCGGGAGUUCAGCGAAUUAUCCAAGUGCGAGGAGGAUACGACGGGCUUCACGAGACCAUUCCGCUUUUCGUUCCAUGGUUUGAUGUCAUCACGAGUGUAGUUGAGGAUCUUUCUCCUCGAUUUGCCGGCUUUGACCCGGACGUAAUAAAACUGUUCGAUUCAGAAAGCGACCAGAUCUACAGCGCUCCAUUCUUGCGAUACUUGGUUUCUGACAUUGCCUUGCACCAUCCAGUCUUCGAGGACGUUUGCACGGCAUUCGAAAAGGUUGCAAUUGGGGUCACAUACCUCAACGACAAUGCACAUCAGCCCCCAGGUUACUGGAAGAACGAGGAGAGCAUCCUCGCCAUCAAACUGUUCGGUCCAGUGACGCACUUUCUGCUUUCGAUGGAUAGACCGGUGUAUUCAACGCCAACGACUGGCCGUUCGACCAAGGAUGAGCCUCCCAGCAACGACGAUGGCAAAGAGGUGAACACAGCCAAGUCCGCUGAGCUCACGAAAGAGAUGAUCCGACUGUCGAUACUCAUCAUGCUCGCGACGAUCAAGAACGACAAGUUUCAAUUGGCCGCGCGAGAGGCAACCUUCCUCCGUGAAAAACUAUCGACUGUGAUUGACCGCCUGCGAGACAUUCAAAGCGCCUCGACGUCCCUUUGGAAAGUCCAGCUCUGGGCCUUGGUUAUCGUUUCGCUCGUUGAGAUGUCGGACCCUAUCUCCGUUCCAGGAGAGACCGGAUACAUCAACGAUAUCUGUCGUCUGAUGGAGUUGCUCUGCAUGAUGACCGGUCGCGAGGCGGUGGGUCUAGUGAAAGACAUUCUCUGGGUGAAUAGCAUUUGGGAUUCGGUGACUGUGGAUGACCUCGUGGCUCAGAUUGACGGCCAUCUUUAUUCGUAG